UCAAUCUGUUAGCAAAGCUAAACGGUUAGCUUAGCUUGCAGCUACAUUCAUUUCCAAUGGCGUCCAUCAACUGCUACUACUCCUUGGUGUUGGUGGUGGUUGCACUGGCCUCGGCGCCGUCGGCCGCCGUGGCCGGCGACCCUGACAUCCUCAGCGACUUCAUCGUGCCGACUUCCAUGAUCGGCAUGCCACCGAUGAACAUCACCGGCGACUUCUUCACCUACACCGGCUUCCGCAACAUUACCAUGCCGAUGCCGAUGCCAGGGGCGCAGAACUUCACUGUGACCAAGGCCACCAUGAUGGAAUUCCCUGCACUCAAUGGGCAAAGCGUGGCCUACGCCAUGCUCAAGUUCCCCUCCGAAUCCGUGAACCCACCACACACCCACCCCCGCGCCGCCGAGCUGCUGCUCGUCCUUGACGGCGCGCUCUCCGUCGGCUUCGUCGACACGGCCGGCAAGCUGUACACGCAGGACCUGGCCGCCGGCGACAUGUUCGUGUUCCCCAAGGGCCUGGUGCACUACCAGUCCAACCCAGGCCAAAGCCCCGCCGUUGCGCUCUCCGCAUUUGGCAGCUCCGCGCCCGGCACCGUGUCCGUGCCCGUCACCGUGUUCGGCACCGGCGUCGACGAGGCCGUGCUGGCCAAGUCGUUCAAGACCGACCUUCCCACCGUGCAGAAGCUCAAGGCAGCGCUCACUCCACCUCCCAAGAAGUGA